GAUAUCUACAUGCGAGUGCAGCUGCAACAGACCAAGGAGCAGCCAAGCAGGUUCCACUAUGCCAAUGGGAUCGGGCUUACAAGCAGGUUCUACUAUGCCACCGGGAUCGGGCUUACAGGACCGUCUCAAGGACAGCCCAGCUUGACUUUGCCGGGGGUGACGAGUGCCCAGGGCUCAUCUACGGCGCCGCCAGGCGGAGCGGGAACAACAACUGGAGCUGGAGAUCCCUUGGAUCGCCUACUACAGGGCUUGGAGAAGGUGAUCAAGGGAACGAAGCCUGAGGAGAUUUCCAAGUCUGUGGUGGAUGCACCAAAGUUGCCAGAAGUUACGGAAACAAGCGCUGUGGACUUUGGUGAUUGGCUGCACUGUGUGGAGAAUGUCAUGGGUGACCUCAGCGCGAACAGUGCGGAAUGGUGGAAGGGCGUGGUAGAAGAUGCAAUGGACUACUACAAGAAGUACCAAGAGGCGGACCAGUUUGGGCGUCUGGCCCUGAAGCCGGAGCCCAGCGUCGAUACAGUGGACUCAAAAUGGUCGCGUGUUGACAGGAGAGGGGCCAGCAUUUUGCUGGCCUCAACGCCAGAAGAGAUCCGCCGUGAUCUUGUGGCAGCAAGAGCAAGGACCACUCUGGAGAUCCUCGCAAGGCUCAUGAUCGUCUACAGGUUCUACCAGAGGGCCAAGGACCUAGGUUUGGCGACACCAGACCCCAGUAUCUUGUUGAGGUCCCUGGAAGGCAUGGUGAAGCGCCCUGUCAGCGAGCACAACGACAUCGCUUUCCGCAUGAACCUAAUCAGGUACCAUCUCAGGGUGGACUUUGCUCCCAGUGAAACGAAUGUUCUAGCUAUCCACCGUGCCUACCUGGCGGAGUUUGAGCAGCUUGGCCACAAAAGGGGCAACAAGGUCAAGGACGAGUCGAGUGGACAAACGCAGGCUAGAAUCAGGGCCGUGGAAGCACCUCCGGGAUCUAUACCCAUGCCGAGCUCUACGCCAAAGAACGGCGCUAACAAGCCGUGCAGGUUCUUCUCAUCGGACGAAGGCUGCCGGAGAGGAAAAGCCUGCAAGUUUGAGCACCCCAAGCUGAGUAAGUCUGAGGCCAAGGACCGUUGUUUCGAAUGUGGAGGGCGCGGACACAUGUCUUCGGCGUGCCCUACAAAGCAAGAACGACCGCAGCAGCGAGCUCUGUCGAUGAACGAUUCGCCUCAGUCAUCUACGGGGGGAACCGGCAAUAAGAAGGGCAAUGCUCCGAGAGGUCAAGUCCCGAGAGGGAACGACGUUGUCCAAAGUAGUCCGGGUGCGGAACAGUCCUCUUCUGCGACUACGGCAACAGAUGGACAGGCUACAACCGAGGCACCAGUUCAGGGGGUCCCGGUCGAGCAGCUCAUUGAGGACGCUCAGAAGCUGAUGAAGGCCUUCAUGGAGCAGAAGAGCGGCCCCACCGUGCGAGUGUUCAGGGUGGACGAGCCUCAACGAAGCGCUGAUGGUUCAUCCCCUGCGUUGAAGGAGUUGCUCAGGCAAGAGGAGAACUUCGGCAGAUUGUGCCGGAUGCGGCUUCUUGAUUCAGGCGCUACGCAUCCGUUGAGAGCAAAGACAGCGGGUGAUAUACCAGCAGGGCUUGGCAGCGUGAGUGUGACAUUAGCAGGUGAGACCAGGGUGAAGAUGGACCAGAACCGGGCCGGCACUAUCUUGGGAGAUGAGGGUACACAACCCAUUGUCCCAUUGGGGACACUGGUGAAGGCGCUGGGUUAUGAGUUCGCAUGGGACAAAAGAGGUUGUCGUCUGAGGCACCCAACCAAGAAGGAGGUCAAGGUCUACACAAAGUCUACGUGCCCUGAGGUUUCGCAGUGUGAUGCACUUCGGCUUAUUGCAGGGCUCGAAGAAGCGAAGCUGACUGAGACGAUGGAGUCGUUGGCUAAGCUCAAGGCGUCCAUCUGCGCUUCCAAGACCUACAAGGAGCGGGACUGGACCGACAAUGUGAGGGACUACAUGCUCACAGGAACCCUUGAAGAUGGUUUGAGAGCUGUUAUGGGAGCACCGUUCAUGAACCAUGUACCUAUGGAGGAUCAGCUCAAGGUCGCUGUGGACAUCCCUACCACGGAGCAGGACGCUUGGAAGUGGAUGAAGAGUUUUCCCCUCAACCGCUCAAGGCACCGACAGCUGUGGCAGGCGCAACAAUGGACAGUACACUUGUUUUCGGGCAAUGGGGUCAAAAACGACCCUCUUCGUGAUCUGCCGGGCUUGCUGGAGAUUGACAGCAGGAAGGGGUGGGAUCUAAAGAAUGAGAAGAUCUAUGGUGUUCUUCUUUGGGCAGCCAAGGAGGGACGGAUCAAGCACGUCUUUGGUGGCCCUCCUGGAGCGACCUACUCACCUCUACGCUUCAGGCAGAAUGGAGAGCAGGGGCCCAGGGCAGUGAGGUCAAUGCAUGAACCAUGGGGACUCAAGGAGGGACUCGGGGUGGAAGAUGAAGCCCGGGUUAGAAAUGAGAACCAGGUGUUGUUCAAGAUGAUUUGGCUCUGGCUAUGCGCGGAGGCGGCGGUCGAGAACCAAGAGUCUGGAGGACCCCAUGUGGGUUUCUGCCUAGAGUUUCCAGAGGACCCCAAGCUUUACAUGCCAGAGGGACCCCAUCGCGAUGCUUGUGUGUCUGUAUGGAGCACGGAGUUUAUGAGGCGGUUCGUUGAGGAGACGGGCAUGGUCAAGUUCCACUUUGAGCAAGGAGCCCUCGGACAUGUCAUGAGGAGGCCUACGUGCUGUUUGAGCAACCUGGGACUGGGUAUCAAUGGCCUAAAGGAUUCCAGGUGUUGGACCUCAAAGGAGGAUGGCCAAGAUGUGGACCAGACGAUUUGGCCCCAUGGCUUUCGAAUCACCUUGGCGGACGCUAUCCACGAGUGGAACAAUGCCCUGAACCGAGCGGUGGUGAAAAAGGCGAUGUCAAAGACUGAAAUGGCAGAGUGGAAGGCCCACGUGGAACGUGGACAUUGGCCUUACAGACGUGACUGCUCGGUGUGCCUGGCAGCCUCAGGUACCGGGCGCCCAGCCAGGCGGGUUGUCCACAGGGAUGCCUAUGCUAUGAGUCUGGACAUUGCUGGGCCAUUCGCGGAUCGUGGCAGAGAUGAAGUGAGGGGGAGGAGAUACAAGUUUGUUUUAGCGGCAACGUACCUCUACCCCAAAGUCAGAGAUGUUCCGGAGGAUGAGCCUUUGGAUGAGGAGGAGGGCCUGGACGGGUUUCUAGCCGAUGAAGAGGAUUCCGAGGUGGAAGAACUGGACCCGGUUGAUGAGGGGGAAAUGGACGCCCAGGAAGAAGAGUGGAAAAAGAAGGUUGAAGGGCUUAAGCAGCCUAUGGAGAUGCAGAUGCUGCGUUUCUGUGUACCUCUGGAGCGUCACACCGGCAAGGAGAUUCUGGAAUGCAUUCAGGACUUGUAUGUGAAGAUAAGGGCGAUGGGGCUACCUUUGACUCGCAUUCACAGUGAUCGGGCAAGGGAGUUCAGAGUCAAGCCGGUGAAGAAGUGGUGUCGGGAGAGGGACAUCUACCAGACGUUCACAGAAGGUUUGACGCCUACCCAAAAUGCUGUGGCGGAGGGUCAUGUGAAGUGGCUCAAGGCUCAAGCUCGAGUACGACUUCAAGCAACAGAGAUGGACAAGGAGCUCUGGCCCUGCGCGAUGAAGCAUGCUUGCCAGGUGCACAACGCCAGGCAACUUGGAUCAAAGAUCCCAGACCUCAAGUUUGGAUCGGUCGUGUGGGUGAAGUCAAAGAAGGACCGUGGACCUUUUGACCCCCGAUGGGAGCGUGGAGUCUACAUGGGCCCAGCAGAUGAUGUAAGAGAAGGACAUGUUGUUCGUCUGGAUGAUGGCUUGUGGCUUCGGACAUUGCAUAUGCGUACGGUGAGAGAUGAUGAGAUCGAUGAGGAGGAUGAAGCCGAGCACGUGGUGGACCUCAUUGAACCUACUCGCCGUGUGAGAUCCAAGACCAAGCUAAGUGACCCGGAGAUCCAUGCGAUGAAGGUCGGCGAACGAAGGGUGUUGGUCGACAAGUUGUUGGCGUCACCUAUGUGGGAGUCCAAGGAAGCUAAGGUUGAAAGGCCACAAAUGAAGGAGGGCGACGUGUGGGACGGAGCGGCCUACUUGAACUUGGGAGCUUACCAGCAUGGUGGGAUUACAAGCAUCACGGCUGCCACGGAAAGGUUUGCGCAAGAGACGGAGUUGGCGGCUAAGUUGCUUGCGCUGGACCACCCUGACAAGGUCUUCACGUCGAUCGCCUUGGUAAAGAAUGCCUUGAUGCCGGUACACAAGGACUCCUUCAACCUCAAGUCCACGGUGAACCUUAUCUCCCCACUAAAGACCGCAAAGGGAAGCUACGUCUGGCAAGAAAUGAGGCCGGGCGACGAGUUCUAUGGCAACUAUGCUUCAAUGUGGGUUAAUGGGAAGGAAGUCCCGGGCCAGAAGUUUAGCAUCGAGAAGCCGGUUACUGUAAGACCUGAUCGUCUACAUGCUCCAAUGAAAGGGGACGAGGGAGAUCGGGUCGUCGCAAUCGGCUACACAGUGAGCAAAUGGGAAAAGCUUAUGGACCAUCAGUGUGAGGAUCUGAAGGGGCAGACCACCUACUCCACCGAUCCCAAGUUCGGAAGCGCCCACGACAGCCCCGCCUACGGGUACUAUGACUAUGUCAGGCCGAGUACAGAAGAGAACAUGGAUGUUAGCUCAGCGACUCCAGCACCGCAGAGCCUUCAAACGUCCUCGUCAGACUCAGGACCGAGGGCAAGAGAGUACCUGCCGGAGAUGAGUGGAGAGCGCUUGGACAGCAUGGUUGUUCCAGGUGGACGAGUUGAGCUGCGUCUGAGGUGGGCAAUCAAGUACUGCCCGGACAAUCAGUAUGCGGAGGAGGUCGUGAUGACUUCUACGCCAUUGCUGCCUUUGGGAUAUGAGGAGGAGCAGCGAAUGAGGAGUCGAGUCACGUGGCUAUCGGAGUUUGUGGAAGAGGAGCGACAAAUCAGAGCUCGCCAAGCGGAGCGUGGUGAGUAUGCCACGCAGAGAGAAAGAGUGCUCUUCUACAAGCUCGAUGAAGCGAUCGACUACAUGAACGAGUUGCUAUCUCGGAGCCAUCAAGUCCGAGAAGAAGGGAACGUGAACCUUAUGGCUCUCAGUGCCACGGUGGAGCCCAGCCUCGAGAUUGAGAGUAUGCUUCAAGGGCUAACACAGCCCUUGGAAACCGUGCAUGGUGUGGAGCUCGCUGAGGUGAAGCGGAAUCUUGGUGAGUGGAAGGAAAGCAUCCACAAGGAGGUGUCUACGCUCUUGGACUCCGGUACGCUUCGAACUAUUCCUUUGGCGGAGGCCAGACGAAAGGUGCAGGCGGAGGAGAUUGUUCUUGUUCCGGCCAAAACGGUACAUACAGUCAAGCCACCAAACAGUGGUUCGGAAGGGAUGUUCAAAAGAAAGAGCAGACUGGUCAUAUGCGGCAACUAUGUGAACAGCGAUGUGGAGGUCUAUACGGCAGCGGCCAAUGCGGAGUCGAUUCGGGUUUCCCUGUCGUAUGCAGCCAAACAGAAGUGGCACGGAGCCAUCACGGACGUCAACGCAGCGUUCACGCUUACGCCCAUGGAGGAGUCUAAGGUCAAGUACGCGAUCACCGUGCCGAAGGUGGUAGUUGAUGCAGGCUGUGUCCCUCCGGAUAAGGCGUUCAUGGUGGAUCGAGUCCUUUAUGGACUCAGAGAAGCCCCAAGACUGUGGGGAAGCUUCAGAGACCGCAGAGUGGCCAAAGCACGUCUGCAGAUGGGUGGAAAGGACUAUAUGUUCUUACAAAUGGAAACAGACCCAGCAGUGUGGCGCUUGGUGGCUUGUGAUGAGAUUACAACCACGAAGGCCCUCAUGGUGAUCUAUGUGGACGACGUGAUGAUGUUGGGGCCUAAAUGCCUUAUUGAGGGCAUUUACAAGUGGAUCACUGAGGAUGAUGACAGUGGGAAGGGUUGGAAGUGCUCAACAAUGGAGUGGCUGGGACGCGAUCCUGUGAGGUAUCUGGGAAUGGACGUCAGAAGAAAGGAGACUGAGGACAUCACCAGUUUUCAUAUCUCUCAGGGGAGCUACGUGCAGGAGUUGCUCAAGAGCUACCCGGAGGAGGCAGCACGACCUUCCCAAGUCCCGGCGUCUAGGGAAGUGAUGCCAACCGAGGAUGAGGAGGAGCGUGUUCUCGCUCCUUGUGAUGAGAACCUGGUAAAGCAAGCUCAGAAGAUGGCAGGAGAGCUUUUGUGGCUGGUCACCAGGACCCGUCCAGAUAUUGGGUUCUCGACAGCUCAUGUCUGUGCGGCGGCUACCAAAAACCCUCAGGCGGCGAUCAAGCUGGCGAAGAUGACACUAAGGUACCUUGCAGCUACGCCUGGAAUGGGACUUCAGUACAAUGGCCAAGGGGUUCCUGUGGAAGCGUAUUCGGACGCAAGCUUUGCACCUCAAGGAGAUCGAAGCUUCGGGUGUGUCACUACGGCGACCUUCGGAGGUUUUGCGGCGUGGAGGAUGACCAAGCAACCUACAGUGGUUUUGUCAGCAGCGGAAGCAGAACUGGUGGAGCUGCUGAAUGCCAGCCAACAAGCAGCAGGAAUCCAGGCUUGGGUUAACGAGGUGUCAACAGAAGAUCAAGACUACCCCGUGGCUCUUCGAGUGGACAAUACAGCUGCAUGUGGACUGGCAACUACAUCACCAGGUUCGUGGAAGACAAGACACUUGAAGGUAAAAGCUAGUCACUUGAGGAUGGAAACUCAGCAAGGACGUGUCAAAGUGAUUCACACACCGGGAGAUGUGCAGGCAGCAGACAUGGGCACAAAGCCGCUGCCCGCCGCACGGCUAGGGGAUCUACGACGGCUUUGGGGAAUGUGCACGGCCGAGGAGUUCGAUCAGGCAGACCAGAAGGUGAUCAUAGCCAGCUUGAAGGGCCCCGACUACUAUGACUUGAUGCGGAUGUUCGUUUGGGUGAUGCUACUCUCGAAAGUGCCGGAGCUACACAUCAAGAAGCCCAUCGAUUACGACGGGAGCAUCGAGUUCUACACGCUACUGGUGGUAGCAGGAAUUGCGCUCGUAGGCGUGUGGGAGUUGUUGAAAUGGGUGGCCCACAAAUGCUUUGGGGAAGACGACGCGGCUACAAGCAAGGCUAGAAGACUGUUGAAGAUACGGAAUCAAGCAUCCAAGGCCUUGCAGGAGGAGCUGGCAUCGAUGACGAGCUCGAGCUCUUCGGAUCCUAUUCUUCCCGAAGCAGAUAAGAAGGCUGCGGUAUCCACUCCAAGGUUGGCCGCAGCUACUACGGUUGAGCAUCCUAUGUCCACCUCUAUGACUUCAAGUGCACCAAUGAGAACCAAUAUGAGAAUGGAUGAUGAUCCGGAUCUACGUGAGGCCUUGACUUCAGCGAGGAAGGGUGAUUUCCGGCGUUUGAGGACGGCCUUCGUAAUGUCAGAGCAUGGAGACAAGCUACACCUACAAGAGGGAUGUCACGGCCUACGUCAUGCUAACAAGAGCAGACUCAAGAAGUUGCAGAUGUGCUACUACUGCGACUCCAACUUCCCGCUUUCCUACCGAAUGAUCGGAGGCCAGAUCCCUGAGGGCUAG